CUUUUACGACAACUUAACCUUUUCGAUCGCCAAAAAAAAUCGACCACACACAAAACUUUGAAUAUCAAAAAAAUAAACCAAACCUUUUUGUUGUAUUUACAAUUUCAACAAAAAAAAUAAUGAUUAAAAUUGCGUCUUGGUUUAAAAAUGGCCGCCGCAUACCUCGAACCGGUUUGAGUCGCGUUUCAUUUUUUUUUUGUUAUUUCUUUUUUUUUUUUUGUUCGUUUGGCUUCCCGCGCGUCUCUUGUUUUCCCUUAAUGUGAAACGCACACAGAGCAGGCCGAGAAUAUAUCGAACGGCGCGUAGCCAGGCGCUAAUUGGUCGAACAAAUACCGCCGAACAGAAAUCAUAGGCGUCCGUGACGACGACGACGCGGUAUUUCUCAAUCCGCAGCGCCACGCAUCGGCCGCAUUUCGAAACCGCGCGUUAAUUAUUGAACAACGCGCUCGCGCGUGACGUCGACGCGCCUGCGUUGAUUCAAAUCACACAGAUUUCUUCCAAAUGUCCAACGUCAUGAAUUUUAGAUGAUAACGUCAUAUCAUUAUUCAUAUUAGAGUAGCACAUAUUUGCCUAAGGCGCGGAGAGAAGUCGUAAUGGCAACCGAAGAAGAGACGUUAUGCAAACCGAGAAGUCGAUGGCCUUCUUCGGUGGGACUGUUAUUGCCGAUGGAGGAAAAUCUGAGUGUUUAUACAUAGAGAUUUAAGAGAACGAUGUGGGAUGGAUGAAUAGAUGGAUGGAAGACGCGCGUUGGGUAUGUGACGAAACCGAACUAUAAAACACAUCUUGCGGGAUCAAAGGGGACCGCCUUCACUGUUUUGGUGCAAUAAAGACAUUAAAAACAAGUGCUUCUGAUACCUGGGCACAGAACAACCGCUUUUACUGCUCGCCGUCCCGUGGGCAUCGGCUCAUUUUAUUAUUAUUACGAUGGGCGUACGUCGACAAAAAAUGCCGAACAGUUUUUAUUUUUAGGGUAUACUACAUUGAUAACCUAGGAUUUCCGUGUUUAGUAAAUUUAAACUUUUUCACAACCAAAAUUAUUUCAUAAAAUUAACUACUUCUAAGUAUAGAAGAGAUUUAAAUACAAGAACGAAACAUAUCUUUGUACUUUGUAUCCAUACGUCACGACCAUGUGACACCAUUUUUUCAUUAAAAAAAUACAUAGUUGUUGAAACGUCACCGAUAUUUGAGGAUUUAAUAUAUUCCAAAUUUUUUAAACAAACAGACCUCCAACGAGAUUUAAUUGAAUUGGCGUUUGCACAUUUUUUGUGUACAAACAGAGCAAUGUUACGCUUCUCACUUUGUAAAUAUAAAAAAAGUUUUUAGUUUAGAGUCGUUCAAAAAAAAUUAAUACACAAACAGAUUUUAUCUCUUUAUUUGAUAGAAAAAAAAUCAAAUUACAAAUAAUAAAGUAAUACAAAAAGUAAUAGUUACGUGGAGUUUUUGGUACCAAUCUCUGCCAGGAGAAGCGUUCAGGAGUGAAGCGGGCAAAUUCUUGACCAAUGGGAGAUCGAUGGGAGGGACUCUGAACGUCCCCAAGACUGGUUGUACUCCUAAGGAUUUAGUCAUCCGACGAUAAUAUGUUAAGAUCCGUGAAAAUGGAAGUAGUACUUAACGGUUUAGUGUGAAAUAAUGACAAAUAAUAUAUAAUAAACGGUUAAUUCACAAAAUACUAACUAGGAGUGCUUAUUGAAAGGACAACAUACAACCGUGAUUGACAACAUCAAAUCAAUCAGGAGGAGGAUUAAUUUUUUUUUAAUUUUAACUUUUCGGAUUUUAAUUUCUACUUAUUAAAUUAAGCGAUAUUUGGCGGAUUAUGGCUCAGCAUAUUUUGUCGGCCGUCGAGUCUGAAAUUUCUUCGGUUAAAUCCAAGGGGGACUCCACCGAACGGGAUUUAUGCGUUACAUUGGAUGAUCGAGAACUUUGGGUGCGGUUUCAGUGUUUUACCAACGAGAUGAUUGUUACAAAAAGUGGAAGACGAAUGUUUCCAGUUGUCAAAGUGUCGGUAUCCGGUUUAGAUCCAAAAGCAAUGUACACAGUUCUUUUAGAAUUCGUUCAAAUAGACCCACAUCGAUGGAAAUACGUGAACGGGGAAUGGGUACCAGGCGGAAAGGCGGAAGUACCACCAUCCAACCCUAUUUACAUCCAUCCAGAAUCGCCGAAUUUCGGAGCGCAUUGGAUGAAAGAACCUAUUUCGUUCGCGAAAGUUAAACUGACCAAUAAGUGUAACGGUAACGGACAGAUUAUGUUGAAUUCAUUGCACAAAUACGAACCUAGGGUGCAUUUGGUGAGGGUUGGUACUGAACAACGAAGAGUGAUGACGUUUCCGUUUCCUGAAACACAAUUUAUCGCCGUUACAGCUUAUCAAAACGAAGAAGUUACUUCGUUAAAAAUUAAAUAUAAUCCUUUUGCGAAAGCGUUUUUAGAUGCUAAAGAAAGACCUGAAGGGAUUUAUAGCCAGAGGGAGUAUAGCCCUCCUUAUAGUCAACAACAAUCUCAAUAUACUCAAUACGGUUCUUGGUUCCUUCCUCACCAACCGAUUUAUCCAUCAGCAACAGCCACCGUGCAAUUAUCAACGGAUAGAUACUCAUCCCCCACAAUAAGAAACGGGAGAUAUCCUACUGUAACAGGAACUGUUCAGUUAACAUCUUGCGAAAGAUUUCCGAGUGGAUCAAAUUUGCGAAAUAACAGAGCAUCUCCAUAUCCAACCAUCCAACAAAGACCCAAAUCUAGUUCUGUAUCGCCACCUAAUGUGUAUAACCCCCCAGAUCACGUCCAACAAUCACCAAUUUACAGUAACACAAACACCACAUCUUACACAAGCUGGUCAUCAUCACUCCAACCUCAAUCCUCAUCAGCAAUGAGUCCCACAAUAAACUGUUGGUCUUUAACUUCAAGUCCACCCCCUCCGCAUCAAAUUUCCGCGCAAACCACCCCGAAUCAAUCUCCAACUCACCCAGUUUAUCAUCAACCGAUUACAAACCUUACAAAUAUAUCUUAUACAGGGUAUUAUAACCAAGAUUUAACUUACGCUCAUUAUCAAGGACCAGAAUACGUUCAUAUAGAAGGGUAUUCGGCCCCCGUUGAUGCUGAAAGACCUACAACGAUUGUGUAUCAAGAAGAUGUGAGCAUCGAGAAGGGGACUGAAUAUCAAGAUAGUCAACAAUCUCAGCCAGAAUCUCCAGCUUCAAACUCAAGCACACCAAGACACGAUACGUGGACGCCGCAAAGUCAUAUUUAAUUAAUUUUGAUAAAAUUUACAUUGAUAUUAAUCCUUUUUUUGUGAAUAUAGUAUUCCAAUAA